CAAUUAAUCCACUAUUGACUGGUACACUUCAUGACAUCACUUCCGACAUCAAUCAUAACAUUUCUUGAGUCUUGAGAGCAAAAAAAUCAAUAAACAAAAUGUACGGAUGAGGUGUUCCCAGUGAUCAUAAUGAACGACAAAAUCUUUGGUCACUAUUAGUCAGAAAGUUUCUAGUUUCACAGGAUGGUUUCUACACACACUACUCUCUACCUGAGAGUUUCAGAGGCAAAGGAGCUUUUAGCGAAAGAUUUCAAUGGAAAGAGUGACCCCUAUUGUGUUAUCAAGGUAGACAAUGUGGUCAUUGCAAGGACAGCGACUGUCUACAAAACAUUGGAUCCUUUAUGGGGUGAAGAGUUUAUCCUUCAUAUGCCGAGUGGCUUCCAAAUUCUAAGCUUUUAUAUCUAUGAUGCUGAUAAAGUCAGCAGUGGAGAUGAUAUUAUUGGGGUUGCUUCCGUCACCAGAGAUUAUAUGUAUGAAAAUAAAAAUCCAAAAGGUUUAGAAACUUGGCUUCCGCUACAGAAAGCAAACAAAGAUCUGGAGAUUCAAGGAGAGAUGCUCUUAGAGUACGGGAUCAGGACAUCUGAGGCUACAGGACAGUCUUAUGUCUUUGUGACUGUUAUGGAGGGCAGAGAUUUGGCUGCUAAAGACAAAACUGGCUAUUCAGAUCCCUAUGUGACAGUGACAUGCUUUGAUGAAACAAAAGCAACAUCUAAACAAAAGAAAACCAGAUUCCCAGAAUGGAAUGAAACAUUAGAGUUUUUAUUGCCUGAGGAUACUUGUAUUGCUGACCUGAGUGUGAUUGUGACUGUUUGGGACAAAGACAACUUUAGUAGUGAUGACUUUAUGGGACAGAUACAUUUAGAUUCUGAAGAUGUGACUCAUGGAACAAUUAGAAAUUGGCAUGCAGUAGCCAGGAGACCAACCAGUGACAGAUGGGCUCGCAGAGCAAGUCGAGUUGAUAGAGGAAAGAUUCGGGUGAAACUCCAGCUGUUGGAAGAGAUAGUUUUGCCUUCAUCUUGUUACAGACCUUUGAACGAACUCCUUGCUGAGGCUGUCAAAAGCCAGGAUCUGGGCCACCUUAUUUGGGACAUGAUUGAACAAGACAGAACAAUUGAGCUGGGAGCCAUCGCCAUGGCCCUGGUUAGAUUCUACCUCAGCCAAGAGUUGAUCUUUGAAUUCUUGGAUGCUGUCAUCGUCAGGGAUAUUGCUAAAACAGAAGAUGUCAACACACUUUUCCGAGGCAACACGCUGGGAACUAAGGCAGUGGAUAACUUCAUGAAGGUGUUAGCAAUGCCUUACCUACAAAAGGUGCUAAAACCCACAGUAGACCGAAUCAUCAAUGAGAAGAAAACUGUUGAGUUGGACCCUUGUAAGGUCAACAGUGUGCGUGGUCGACGUCACAGCCUUCACAGAGAGUCAGAGGAAAGUUUUGUGAAUCACAGUCUAGAAGCCUUGGAGGACUACACUUGUGAGAUCAUUAACAGUAUUGUUGGCUCCAUUACCUACUGCCCUCAGGUCUUGAGGCGGGUCUUGAAGAAUAUUCAGGUCAGAGUCAGGGAGAAAUGGCCAGAAGAAAUGUUUGAGGAUGUCCCGUAUAUAGCUGUUAGCAGUUUCAUCUUUCUCAGGUUUUUUGCCCCAGCUGUGAUGUCACCCAAAUUGUUUUCUGUCAGUGACCAGCAUCCUAACCUUAAGGUCAUUCGGACAUUUACCUUAUUGGCCAAAAUUGUCCAGAGUAUUGGCAACCUGAUCCCAGGGUCACUAGGAAAGGAGGUCUGGAUGGAGCCACUUCUGCCUCUUAUCUCACAGAAGAUCACAGAGGUCAAGGAUUACUUGGAUCUUCUGGUAGAUGUGGGCGAGUUCUCUGCUGCCCAUAGGUACCUGGUCAGGCAGCAGAGCAAUGAGACGGUGCUGAUUCAGGGGCACCUGUACAAGUGCCACUACCACUGCAAGCGCUUGUUCCGACCCAUCGUCCUGAAGAAGUGUUACUUCUACCUGACCAGGGUCAUGCUGUGCUACAGGAAAACACCAGAAGAUGAAGACACCAUGGUCAUGGUUGAGAACAUCUGCGCUGUGGAGAAAUUGGAUUAUGGCGCUCUGGGGAAGUCCAACAUGGGGCAGAUCAUCCACAAAACUUCAGAUGAGAGCACAGCCAUCAUCUACUUCCAAGCAAAGGAUGUAAAUGAGCUCACAGCUUGGAUAUCUGCUAUAAGGAAGACUUGUAAAUACAAUGUAUGCAGAGUGGAAACAUUUCACCCUGGGGUGUUCAAGGGAGAUAAAUGGAAUUGUUGUCGCCGAGAGCAAGACAUAGCCCCUGGCUGCAGCCCCACCUACCAUGGUGUUGUAUUAGGAGACUGGCAGGACCCACUAGACCCUGAUGUUGAUGCCCAGAUCAUAUACAGUCAGAUUGCACAUAGUAAAGAUAAAAUCAGGAAAAUGCAGCAUGACCUUCGUAUGUCGUUAGCUGGCAAUGACCCUUCCAAAUGUACCAAUCACAGGGAUGUGAAUGAUGCAGCCAUGGCUAGCUUAUCCCUGGUGUCUGGUUUGCUGGAUGUUACUGAACAGCUGGCCAUGUCACACCAAACCUUUGUCGAGUCCAGCCCCAGAUUGUCCCACAGCCUUAGGUCACGAAGUGUCAGCAGCAGUGUUAGCGGAGAUGACAGCCUGUAUUAGCCCUGCCUCAACACUGAUAUACAUAAAUAAUUUUUUUACAUAUUUUGUAUAUGUCUCUGUGUAUAUAUGGUAUCCUUUAAAAUAUGUUUCCAUGACAUAGAGGUUUAUUAAUACUUUUAUUGGACAAUUUUAGCUGCUUCUGCACGUUAAUUAACUCCAUGUGGCCAGAUGAGCCAUUUUUUUUUUGUGUGGAAAUGUCCCUCCCAGGCCUCCUGACCAGCCAUUCCGAGUUGAACGACACCUGGCCUGCGUCUCAUUCCUUGUUGUACAACAUGAAACACACAUUGCCCUAACAACAAAAAUUGUUGUGGAUAUUGAAUUUUUAAUGUUACGCCUAUUUUGUAUUUCUCUGGGUUCUAACACCUGCAUAAAAGACUUGCAUCUUUUUGUACAUAGAUCUAAUUUGUUGUUAUUGAAAGUUGGCAAGUUUUUUUUGUUUGUUUUAAUAUUUACUUCUCUGACUGAAUGUCAUAAUAUGACCAGAACUUACUAAUAUUAUUUAGGCAGCACUAUGAUGGCUAAAAUUGUUUAUUAUCAGUAUUGAACUCAAAAGUUGUGCCAUAUAUUAUACAGCUUUAAAACAAACAAAACACAAAUUUUAAACUGGUCAUGCUUGUUUGCAUAUUUCUCAUCUUGGAUUGACCUGUCUCAACUGGAUUAGAAAGUAUUUUGUCUUGUUUGUUUUUUGUAACUUUGAAGAUUGUUUUUUUUCAUUUGUUUGCUUUGUGUAUUUGUAAGCAUAACAAUUUUACAGAUGUUUGAAAUAUUUUUGAUAUUAUUUUGUACUAUAGUAUUGAUUGUAAGUUUAUUUAAGCCUAAGCCUAGGAUGAAGUACUGGAGUAAUGAUUAUAAGUUUAUCAAAGCCAGCGCCUAGGAUGAAGUACUUUUAUCAUGUAGUAUUUUGGACAAGCUCAAUUUUGAAUUGUUUAGAAUUCAAGCUACUUAUGUGAAACUAGUUUUAGCAGUUUCUUACAUUUAAAGUUAUAACAAGCUAGUGUUAAUUUAUGGACAACCAGACAUUUUUGAUUUAACCAAUUGAUGACAUCAGAGUUACAUAAGUGAUUCAAUACUGUUAGGCUCUUCCACGCUGUGUCUUAUACACAUAAGUCAAAUGAAGUUAACUCUCAAAUAGCGAACACAAAUAACACAGGCAAAGGCCAAUUAUAUAAGUUAGUUGACGCUGAUAUUGAAUAUUGAACAAGAAGUUUUAUAAUAACGAAUGGAGCCGUCGAAUGUCUUCAAGCUAAAUCUCUACGUUCAUAAAAAAGCUCCUCUCUCUAAAGCUGUCAAAAGUAAUCUGUUUACGGUUUGCUAUUCUUCCUCAAAUCCUAUCCUUGUUUUUACUAGUCACGUCAUUGUCUAUAAGUCAAAGCUUCCCCUAUUUACGAAACAAAUAACUAAUUUCUAAUCAUGCCAUAACAAUACCCAAUACAGUUUUGUAGAAUCAUGUUUCCUAAAAGUGUCACACCAAUAAAGGAAAUGGGACUCAAAGGAAAAUAUAAGCAUAUAGAAUAAAGACCAAAUGAUAUUGAUAAGAAAGGCAGACUUUUGUUGGCUUUGAACUUUUUCCCCUCUUUAACUUUUUUUUUUU